AUGGCUGACCUCACGAGCACUGACGACGGUACCUACACUGAUACACACUGCCCAGUGGUGGGCGCAGUGGUCGACUUCGUACCAUUUCUGACAUCUCAUGAAACACACGAGCGCUGCUCCAGCAGUCCUGCCACCCACCCGCUGAGCGUCCAGGUCACGCGCACGUCUGACUGCAGCGUGGAUAAAACUAUGGCCGCUGCGACCCCUGCGCAGCCCAUGCGGAACGCGCAGCCUCGCCAGCCUCGUCCAUCAUCAUCAUCAUCAUCAUCAGCCUCCUCUGCCUCUGCCAGUUUGCCAGUCUCCCAGUCUGCCCCUGAACAAGAUCUGGCGAGGGAUCGCUUCGAUCCAGCAGUGAAUGCGCAUCCAUCCAUAGAAUAG